AGUAUACAUGAUGCAGAGCAUGCGUAGCUCAUUUCGGUAAAAAAAAUUUAAGUGUGAAAAUUAAGAACUAAAAUUUUAAAUUUUUAAAAUAAUAUUUACAAACGUUGAAACGAAAACUGCAAAAAAAUAUAAACAAACAAGAAAGUAGUGUUAACAGUACUCCAACGUGGAAAAUAAGUGUUUCAAGAUGGAUUUUUACUUCAUUAUUUUCUCCACAAUCUUUGCGCUCCUGAUCAGCUAUCUACGCUACAAAUAUCAAUAUUGGGAGCUACUUGGUGUACCUCAGCUGAAGAUGAACUACUUUUUUGGAAACCUGUUCCGCAUAAAAACUAUGCAUAAAACGGAAAUUUUACACGAAGUUUAUAAAGAGUUUCGUGGUAAAGCAAAAUUAGUCGGCACAUACGUUUUUACCAAACCUAUAGCCAUUGCACUGGACUUAGACUUGGUGAAGUCGAUAUUAAUCAAAGAUUUCAAUAAAUUCACCGAUCGUUUAGAGCAACGUAAGAGCACUACAAGCUAUAUCACUCAGCAUUUAUUUCGUGUGGAUGGCGAAAAGUGGCGUCCAUUGCGCACGAAGCUUACACCGACCUUCACAUCGGCGAAAAUGAAGUUUAUGUUUCCGACGCUAGUGAACGUAGCGCAUCAAAUGGAAGAGGCUAUCAACGCGCACUUAACUAAAACGCCGAGCGGUGACAUAGACACACACGAUUGGAUGGGGCGCUUUACGACUGAUGUGAUUGGUCACUGUGCCUUCGGUGUUGAGUGCAAUAGUUUGAAGGAUCCGAAUGUGGUAUUUCGUCGCAUGGGACAUCGCAUUUUUUAUCCAAAAUAUUUCUCCGUACGUCUACGUACAUUUAUGCUUAUAUAUCCCGCUAUUUUCAAAUAUCUGAAAUUUUUCAAUAUCAAAGAACAUUCAAAAGACGUAGAAGAUUUUACAUUGCAGCUGGUGCGUGAUACGCUGCGUUUGCGCGAAGAACAAAACGUACAGCGUAAUGACUUCAUUGAUUUGUUAAUUGAGUUGAAAAAUUCCAAAGAUAUGAAAGGCGUGCCUAAAAUGGGCGUUGAGGAGAUGGCUGCACAAGUGCAUAUCUUUUUUGCUGCGGGCUAUGAGACCAGCUCUAGUAACUUGAGUUACGGGCUAUAUGAAUUAGCGAAGAAUCCCCACAUACAGGAUAAGCUGAGAGCCGAAAUCAUUAGUGUUUUGAAGAAACAUAAUGGCGAAUUGACCUAUGAAGCUAUGAUGGAGAUGACAUAUUUGGAUCAAUUAAUAACGGAGACUCUACGGAUGUAUCCAGCACUCGGUGGUCUUACUCGUGUCUCCGUUGACGACUACAAAGUACCUGAUACGGAUAUCACACUUAAAAAGGGCACACGCGUUUACAUACCCGCUAAAGAGAUACAUUAUGAUCCGGAUAUCUAUGAUAAUCCUAAAGAGUUUCGCCCGGAGCGCUUCCAUCCGGAUGAAGUACAAAAGCGUCACCCUCAGGCCUUUCUCGGUUUUGGUGAUGGGCCGCGUAAUUGUAUUGGGCUCCGCUUUGGACGUAUGCAAGUGCGUGUUGGGUUUAUCACUUUGCUCAAAUCUUAUCGCUUCAGCUUAUCGGAGAAGACACCAAAAGAGCUAGAGAUUUCUAAAUAUAGUAUAGUGCUUGUACCGCAUAGUAAAAUUUGGCUGAAGGCAGAAAAAUUAUAGUGAUAAAAAUUGUGUUACUGCACAAUGAUUUUUAUUUUAAGUUCAACGAAAUAAAGCAUAUUGAUGCUAAAGUAUAAUUAAAAAGCUUCAAUAAGUGGUGCUUAUACAAAUUUCUGUACAAGAGA